UUCAUCGAUUGUCAUCUGUUUCGAGCUUCUGUCAUAUAUUGUAGAAUUAUUAAUAUACACGGAAACUUGAAACAAAUGACUGCGAAUGAAAAUAUGCCUAACAUUUUUGCUGGUCCUGUUUGCAUGUCCAUGCUACCAUUUGUUUUGACACAUACCAUAUGAUCAAUGUGUCAAAUUUUGAAAAGGUAACUCGGUACUCAGUCAGUUUCUCAUUAAUUUUAUUGUAAAAACCGUAAAAACUCUUCUAGAUAAAUUAGAAUGGAAAAAUUACAUCCAAAGAAGUCGUAUAUUUAUAUCAAUACAAAUUACGGAAUUGAACAGAAUGUGUCAAUUCCUUGCGAUGAUCCUGUAAGUGAAUUAGUCCACAUUUUGAUGAUCAAACAUAAUCUUCCUGUUUAUGUUGUAAACGAAUUAACUGAAGAUCUGGAACACUUCAUUAAAGAAAGAAGUACAGAAUAUUUUAAUGAUGAAUCCACCAACCUAAUUAACGAGACAAGAGAAAACAAAAUAAACCUGGAAGAAAUUACUAAAGAAUGGGAGAAAGUGUUAAAGGAAGAAAUGGCUGAGUAUGGUGAACGACGGUGCGCUUCAGAUGAUGAGCUAUUCGCAACAGCUUAUCACAAAAUGGUUCAUUCCCCAGCAUUAGAAACUAUGCUUCAGCUAGAACAUAUGUAUUCAAAAACUGUUAGACAAAAGACAGAAGAAAAAAAGAGAUCAGUUCAGAAAUUAUCCGAACAGCAGAGUCAAGAAAUGAAUAAUGCUGUUGAUAGGUUAGAAAAAGAUAUGACAGAAACAAAGAUCAAUGAAUUAGUAGCAAGACAUUAUGAAACACAUGCUUUACUUCAGGCGAAGUUGAGUAGUGAACUAGAUACUUUAAAGGAAGCCCAGCGGAGAGAAUAUAGAGAGUGGUUAAUGCAAAUGCUUGAACAAAACCAAACGAAUAGUUCCUUACCAACACCCAACUCUCCUCUAACACCUCCUGAAAUGCCAAUUUUGUCUAAUAAUGUGGAAAGAGAACAAGAUGUGCCCAUUUUAGAAGAAAGUUUUACUAUUCAUUUAGGUUCUCAAUUAAAGCAGAUGCACAAUAUUAGAAUUUUAUCAGCAAAUGUAAUGGAUCUAUGUGCAGUUGAAGAUACUAAACAAUCUUCUGAACCCAAACCACAAUUACUACAGACAGCACUAGCACUUUACUCUAAUGAUUUAUCAGGACUUGUUUUAUUAGCUGAUAAUAAAAUUGGUUCAAGAUGGACACAAGAGUUUCAAGAAAUCUGUCAAAAGUCUACAGAGUUUCAUUUUCCUCAUAUAGAAGACCAGCUGGAUAAGAUAUCAAAUAUAGCUCAGAAAUAUUUAAAAAGUGACCAUAAGAGCGAGAGUCGAAAUUCUAACAGUGAAUUGCUUCAGCCUGGAGAUUUUUACAUUACGAGACACUCCAAUUUAGCUCAAGUUCAUGUAAUUUUUCACAUGGUGUCAGAUGAUAGUCUAAGAGGUAACGAUAUAAAUAGUAGACACCCAGUGGUACUUGGUUUAAGAAAUAUUCUUAAAACUGCGUGUUCGAAUGACAUUACUUCCCUUACAAUUCCUUUAUUAUUACAAUAUGAGAUGACUGAGGACAUGACAAUUUCUUGGUGUGAAAAACGUGCAGAACUGGUUUUUAAAUGUGUGAAAGGGUUUAUGAUAGAAAUGGCCUCCUGGGGUGGGUCAGAUCUAAAGAAUUUACAGUUUAUGGUACCCCAAGGCAUAUCCAGUCAAGUUUUUCAGUCACUUACAGAGAUGCUUCCUAGAAUUUUUAAAGUUUCCAAUCCCAAAGUUUUACAAUAGGUGAGCAAAAUGUGCUGUAUGUCUUUAAGUAUUUCAUCAUUUUCAUAAGUGGCUUGACAAUCCGUUGUGGAUCUUGGCCUGCUCGCAAAGAAGUUGUCACUCCUGUCGAUUCCUGGCAACUUCCCUCAAUCUUCUGACCCCUAGAAUCAGAAUCUUUAGUUCUUCUUCCACAUCACCAAUCCAUCUUCUUUGUGGUCGUCCUCUACUUCUAGUGCCCUCUGGUUUUGAAGAUAUUAAUCUCUUCAUGUAUUCAUGAUCUGACAUCCUAGCAAUGUGUCUAGCCCAUCUAAGUCUGCAAUUUAAUGAAUUUCAUAAUACAUAUUUGGAUCGGUGUAUAACUGAUAUAGUUCAAAGUCCUACGCCCUAGCCCAUUUUCAUUUACGACCUCAAAAAUCUUACUAAGAAUUUUUCUUUCAAAAAUAAUUCAUCAUUUUGAGAUAAGGUCGUUUCAGCCUCAUUAUCCAAACCGGUCUUCAAGUAUUUAUCAUCAGCUUCUACUCAUUUGCCUUUCACAAACUUCAAAAAUCUGUAUUUUAUUUUUUUACAUAUCUGGUUGGGAAAAGUGUGGAACCAAGCAAAUAUCUUUGAAACGAAAAGAACAAUAUUUAUGAAACUUUGCAUGCAAGUACAGUGAUGCAAAAGACAUCUGUUGCCAUAUUUUUUGUUACUACUCCACUUCCGAUUUCACCGGAAAUACCCUUAACUUAUUUAAUUUAAAUGGGACACCCUGUAUAUUUUGGUGGAUUUUAAAAGAACUUGUUAUUUUUAAUUCAUACAUACAAAAUUUGGUGGAAAAAAUUUGUUAAAAAGUGUCUGUAGAUAAUUUUUUGUAUUAAUACAACGUAGUAGGAAAUAAAUGAGUACCAUCUAUACUGUAGACUAGACUAAAAUUGUUGUUUACAUGCACUGCAUGACUUAUUUGAAUUUAGUAUUGGGACCGUGCAAGUUCGGCAAAGCGACCCCUAUUUCUACGCUCUGUACUAUUAUUCGCACUUUUAAUUAUAUUGGCCAAUUAUAUUAGUCCUGGUUACUGGAUAAUUGUCAAGGCCAUAGUCCAAAAAAAAUAAUAAGAAGAAAAAAUAAGAUUCAGGUUAUGUUAUGAAAACAUCAACAAUUGUAUGUAGUAAAUAAAAUUAGUUAUUAAAAUGCAGUACUGCAAGCAAAAUACAAUUAAUUAAAUUUACCUUUAUAUAAUAAUUGCAUAUCAUAUCAAUAUUGUGGAGCAAUAUGUAAUUUUUCUGCUUCAUUGACAGAAGGUAUGAAAUAUACGUCAAUUUGACAAUUUCAAUUGACAAUAUGAAUUAUUUAAGAUAGUUGCAAUAUUUCUCCGCGACUCGCGCAGGGUCGUUUCUCGUUUCCCUUUCCAAGUACUUGCACACCGCGAAUAGUAGGUAAAACUGUAAACUUGAAAUAUUAAUGAUAAUCAGUUAUGGUGAAAUUUCAUUUUUUGGAAGUGAAUUUUACAAAUCAAUGGAUUGGACGUAGAGGAUUCAUAGAGUGGCCCGCUCGUUCUCCGGACCUCAAUCUGUUACGAUUCUUUACUUUGGGGUUAUCUAAAAUCACGUGUUUACGUUAGGCGACCAACAUGCUUGCAGGAUUUGAGACAAAGAAUAAUAAUUGAUGAAUGUGAACUAAUACGUGGAGAAAUCUUGCAAAAAGUGACUCACGAAUUUAUUUAUAGGCUUGCACGUUGUCAGGAGGUGAACAGCAAACAUUUUCAACAUUUGAAAUUAUUUUUUUUUAUUUUUAAUAUCAUAUUGGUCUAACGUAAAUAAAUUAACCUAUUUUUUAACUGUAAAGAGAUUUACUUACUUCUUGUUUUAAUAGUUUUUUCUUCCAAACUUAGUAUGUGAAUUAAAAAUAACAAGUUCUUUUAAAAUCUGCAAAAAUAUACAGGGUGUCCCAUUUAAAGUAAAUAAGUUAAGGGUAUUUCCGGUGAAACCGGAAGUGGAGUAGUAACAAAAAAUAUGGCAGCAAAUACCAAAGUUUCAUAAAUAUCGUUCUUCUCGUUUCAAAGAUAUUUGCUUGGUUCCAUACUUUAUCCCAACUCUGUAUAAGUAUUGGGUUAUAAGGUAUAAGUGCCUAGAUAAAAACUAAUUCAUGUACUGGAUUUAAAAUGAGAAUAUCUAUAAAUAUAUUUAAAACUAUACAAAAAUUAACUAUAAUUGUGUUUAUAAUUUUAUACAUUAUUGCAAUUAUUAUUUCCUUUCAUUCAUGUUAUAAACGAAACAUCUAAUUUUUUCUAUUAAAUAUUUAUUUCAAAUAUAUUAUAUUAUUUUAUGAUUAGGUAUAUUUAUAAUACAUUAAAAAUGUACAUAUAUAUUAUUGUAAUUACAUAUAUGUAUACAUUAAUGAAAUAUAUUAUUUCUUAAAAUG